CUUGGGUACCUGACUGUUUCUGCGUGCAGCAACUUUAUGUCAUUGCAUUGGCAAUAGAACGACAAGUUGCCAUGACUGGCAUGUGCUCUACAUACUUCCUCUUGGAGUCUUUGUGCUGCUGUCAGUGAGGCCUGUGUGUGGAGGGAGGGAAUGAGGCAGUUUUGUCAGUGAGGCCUGUGUGUGGAGGGAGGGAAUGAGGCAGUUUUGUCAGUGAGUCACUGAACAUUGCAUGAUAAAAAAGAAAGAAUUCUUUCAAAAGAAGGAGAAUACCACACCUCUCUAGUGUUCCUGUCUGUUCUCUGCUGUCUCUGGUCAGUUCUUCACCACCAUGGCAUUCUCUGGGACGUAUGAGCUUGAAAGUCAAGAGAAUUACGAUGAGUUUCUGGAGGCAAUUGGGUUUUCCAAUGCCAAGACUGACUUCAAAGUGAUAACAGAAGUGCUUCAGGAGGGGGAUGAUUUUACCUGGUCACAGAUUAUUCCCAACUGGACCUUGACUAACAAGUUCACCCUCGGAAAGGAGUGUGAGCUAGAGAGCAUGCUACGCUCCAAGUUCGUGACCACCGUCACCAUGGAAGGAGGCAAGAUAAUUAUUCCGUUCCCCCAGUAUCAUUUCACUGCUGAGAUCAGUGGGGACAAGCUGAUCAUGCUCUGUACAACCUCCGGGGAGAAGGGUGUGACCAUGAAGAGAAUCAACAAGAGGAUCUGACAUCAAAAAUGUCCCGCUGAAGGCCAUGGCCGUGCUGCGGUGUGGAGCGAUGAGAAGAAGACGAUGACGGCGAGGUGCUCAGAGCAGACAAGCAACUAGGAGUGCCACUCUGCUUCCUUAAAUACACCACCACCAACCCCCUGUUGACAGUCGCCCCAGUUCCCUUCCCUCCCAUGAUCACACACCCUUCACCUUUCAGUUCCUACAACGCAAAUAUGUAAUAAAAUUGAUAUUAAAAUUGAUAAACCUG